UUGCAUGUUAGGUAAAACCCAGAUCCUACUCAACAUGCAAAAUUUUGGGUCAAGGGGUCAACAUCUUCUAUAAAACAGGACAUUUCAUAUACAAACAAUUUUAAUAUUCAUGCCUCACAAUUUUAAUAUUUUAAUGUGAAAAUACGCGUCAAAGAGAGAGUACUUUCAUUUUCAAUGAAUCAUUUUGGUCUUUUAGCGCUCCAUUCUAAAGCAGCGUCUCGCCGUGUCAAUUCGUGUCAAUUAAAAGUGGAACAUGAACUUAAUAUUCGUUUUAUUAACCGGUAUUUUUUUAUUAAGCCUGUGCGAGGCUAUUUUUGUAACAAAUACAAGUAGAAAAUAUAGUGAUAACCCCGCCGUGUGGACUGAGGAUGAGGCUAUAUGGGGCCCCCUGUUGGAGGACUGGGUUGUAGGAACCAAAAGAACCGGACGUGUCAUGCAAAUACCUCUUAUGCGGCCCGCAUACAUAUUGGAAGAUAAAAUAGAUAACGUCCCAAUUGCUAAUAUAGAAAAGGAAAGUAAAAUAAGUCCGGGAAAAAUCGUCACCAAUAAUAAUAAUCCUAACUAUAACAACAACAAUAAUAAUAUUCAUUAUAACAAUAAUUACAAUAAAAAACCAGCUGGUCGGCCAAUAUCAGAAACUGACUUAUAUUUACUUAGUGCCAUAGAAAAAUUGGUAUACAAACAUGAUUUUAUGGAGAAAAGGCUAAGGAGAGUGGAAGAAAUGCUUUACUAUGUUAUGGCUGGAAAUAGGGUUGAUAAUGAAGCUGAGCCUUGUCCAAAUAGUUACUCGAGAGUGGGGCCAAAUUGUUACCAAUUUUCAAGUACAGCAGGCAGGGAAUAUGACUGGAAAGCCGCAAGUAAAUAUUGCAAAAAAGAAGGUGGUGUAUUGGCUGAGAUGGAAAGCGUUGAGGAAGCUCAGGAUAUUAUUGCACACAUACAAAGCAAUGAGUUUUUAAGAGGUAAAGACUUUUGGACGGGUGGUUUAAACCCUGGUUUGUUGUGGAUUUGGAGCAACAGCGCACGCCCAGUGGCGCCGGGAAACACAGAAAACAAGAAAAAUCCUGCGGCUAAUAUUACAGGGGAAGGGAGGUGUUUAAAAUUAGCUUACGAUCCUGCAUUAAGAUCCUAUUCUUAUAAAGGGACUGAUUGUUCUGUCAGAUACAGUAUUAUUUGCGAAUUGCCUGAGAAUAAGUCCAGCAAUGAAAUUAAAAGAAUUGGUAGGUUAAGGAAAAUUUUCGACGAUGAGUUGUAAUGUGUUUUUAUGGCACCUCGUUUAAGCAUUUAUUAGAUAAUAGUUUGAAGAUUAAAGUUUAGCACUUUAAUGAUGUUUUAACAGAAAGCAAUUGAGUCAAAUUUUUUUUUAAAUAAAAAUACAACUGUAAUAACGAUUUUUAAACAUUUUAGUACAAAUAUUUUAGUCUACAAAAUUAUAUGAUUAAUGUUUAAUACAAAAAUUC